AUUAUUAUUCUAGGAUCAAGACCACCUUUAAUCGUACAAUCUCAGCCUCCACCUUAUUCAUCACCUAGAGAUGUACCCCCAGACAUAUUGUUAGAUUCUCCAGAAAGAAAGCAAAAGAAACAAAAGAAAAUGAAGUUAGGCAAGGAUGAAAAAGACCAGACUGAAAAAGCUGCAAUGUAUGAUAUCAUUAGUUCUCCUUCCAAGGAUUCCACUAAACUUACGUUAAGACUCUCUCGUGUAAGAUCUUCAGAUAUGGACCAGCAGGAUGAUGUGCUUUCUGGUUUGGAAAACAGUAAUGUGUCAGAGGGUGAUAUUCCUUUUAACGUGCAGUACCCAGGACAGACUUCUAAAACACCCAUUACUCCACAGGACGUUAAUCGCCCACUAAAUGCUGCUCAGUGUUUGCCUCAGCAUGAACAGACAGCAUUCCUUCAGGCACAACAAGUGCCUGUUUUACAACAGAACACUUCAGUUGCUGCAAAACAACCUCAAACUCCUGUGGUACAAACACAGCAACAGGUUUCACAACAAGGAACUAUAACGCCAUAUGAUGAAGUAGAGUUGGAUGCAUUGGCUGAAAUUGAGCGGAUAGAACGUGAAUCAGCUAUAGAAAGGGAGCGAUUUUCAAAAGAAGUCCAAGAUAAAGAUAAGCCUUUGAAGAAGCGAAAACAAGAUUCUUAUCCACAGGAGGCUGGGGGUGCUACUGGAGGAAAUAGACCGGCUUCUCAGGAGACAGGUUCUGCAGGAAAUGGGUCAAGGCCAGCAUUGAUGGUUAGUAUUGAUCUUCAGCAAGCAGGACGAGUGGACUCUCAGACAACUGUAACUCAGGACUCAGACGCCAUCAAAAAGCCUGAAGAAAUAAAGCAGUGUAAUGAUGGAUCUAUUUUUAUUCCCCAAGAAGACCCUGUUGGAGUUCUUAAACUUAAACCUGAAAACCAUCCUGAAACCUUUAGGAAAAAGUCAGAUUCUGAGUGUCAAAAGACAGAUAUUCAACAAAAUGAGAGCAAACAGACAGAAAUGCAACAAAAUGAAAGCAAAUGGCUGGAAAGUAAACACAAUGAAAGCAAACAGAUAGAAGCUAAACAUGAAAGUAAGCAUGACAGCAGACCAAUGGAUGUGAAACAAAAUGAGAGUAGACCGAUGGAAACAAAGCAAAACGAGAACAGACAGAUGGACGUGAAACAAAAUGAGAGCAAACAAAAUAAUGGCAAACAGGAAAUAAGACACAGGCCUGAAACACCAAAACAGAAGAAUGAAGGUAGGCCCGAAACACCAAAACAAAAGAAUGAAAAUAGGCCCGAAACACCAAAACAUAGACAUGAUAAUAGAAGAGAUUCUAGUAAACCAUCUUCAGAGAAGAAACCUGAAAUAUCUAAACAUAAACAAGAAAUUAAAUCUGAUCCCUCCAGGGUAAAAUCUGAAAGUAGAUUAGAUCCAACAAAACAAAGACCAGAUGGACGUUCAAUUCCUGAGACCCCAAGACGUGACCAUGAUAGCCUUAAACAAAAAUCUGAGGAUAGGGGCGAAUCAGAAAGAUAUAAGGGAGAUCCAUCCAAGAUCAGAAGACCUGAAUAUUUGAGAUCCUCGAGCAAAAGUGAGCAUGACUCCAAACAUGGGAUUAAAUCUGAUAGUUCAAAAACUGAGAAACUAGAAAGAAAACAUAGACAUGAGUCUGGUGAGUCAAGGGAGAGAUUUUCUUCUGGGGAACCAAAAUCGAGACCAGACAGUCCUCGUAUUAAACAGGAAAGCAGAGGAGAUUCUAGUAAAUCAAGACUUGAUAAACCUGGUUUUAAAUCACCCAACAGCAAGGAUGAACGAAGGACAGAUGGUAAUAAGAGUAAAAUGGAUAGCAAUAAGCCACACACUGACAAUAAGGCAGAGUUUCCCAGUUAUUUGUUGGGGGGAAGAUCUGGUGCAUUGAAACAUUUUGUUAUUCCAAAAAUCAAGCGUGAUAAAGAUGGCAAUGUCACUCAGGAGCCAAGGAAAAGUGAAAUUAAGGGUGAACAAAAGGACAAAGUGGAGAAGAUUGGGCUAGUAGAAGAUCUAAAUAAAGGCGCUAAGCCUGUAGUCGUUCUGCAAAAGCUUUCUUUGGAUGAUGUACAAAAAUUUAUUAAAGACAGAGAAGAUAAAUCAAGGAGCUCUUGUUUUAAACCCAACAAGAACAAGUCAUCCAAAUCAAAUAAAGGUAGCAUAGAUCAGUCAGUGUUAAAGGAGUUGCCUCCUGAGCUCUUGGCAGAAAUUGAAUCCACCAUGCCACUUUGUGAACGUGUGAAAAUGAACAAGCGCAAACGUAGCACAGUUAAUGAGAAACCAAAAUAUGCUGAGAUCAGUUCUGAUGAAGACAAUGAAAGUGAAGAAGCUUUUGAAUCAUCUCGGAAAAGACACAAAAAGGACAGAGAUGAUGAUAAAGCUUGGGAGUAUGAAGAGCAUGAUAAGAGAAGUUCUGGUGAUCAUAGGAGAAGCAGUCAUCACGAAGGAAGAAGGACUUCUGGUAGUAGCCGUUAUCGCAAUCGUACUCCAGAAGACUCUGACAUGGAUGAUUAUUCUCCUCCUCCUCCCCUCAGUGAUGUGGCUAGGAAAAUGAAGAAAAAAGAAAAACAAAAGAAAAGGAAGGCUUAUGAACCUAAACUAACACCUGAAGAAAUGAUGGAUUCCUCAACUUUUAAGAGGUUUACUGCUUCAGUAGAAAAUAUUUUGGAAAAUUUGGAAGACAUGGAUUUUACUACAUUUGGUGAUGAUGAUGAGAUUCCACAGGAGUUGCUAUUGGGAAAACAUCAGCUUAGUGAGUUGGGUAGUGAAUCUGCAAAAAUUAAGGCAAUGGGCAUUAUGGACAAGCUUUCAACAGAUAAAACAGUGAAAGUCCUGAACAUCUUGGAGAAGAAUAUUCAAGAUGGCUCAAAGCUUUCUACGUUACUAAACCAUAAUAAUGACACUGAAGAUGAGGAAAGAUUGUGGAGAGAUCUGAUUAUGGAGAGAGUCACAAAGUCUGCAGAUGCUUGUCUUACCGCUAUCAAUAUUAUGACAUCACCCAAUAUGCCUAAAGCUGUGUAUAUUGAGGAUGUAAUAGAAAGAGUUAUUCAGUACACUAAAUUUCAUUUGCAGAAUACACUUUAUCCUCAGUAUGAUCCUGUCUACAGAGUGGAUCCUCAUGGUGGAGGUGUGUUAAGUUCAAAAGCAAAGCGUGCCAAAUGUUCCACCCACAAGCAGAGGGUAAUAGUGAUGCUGUAUAACAAAGUAUGUGACGUUGUUAGCAGUUUGGCAGAAUUGCUGGAAAUUCAGCUCCUUACUGACACAACUAUUCUUCAGAUAUCCUCAAUGGGAAUAACCCCUUUUUUUGUAGAAAAUGUCAGUGAGCUCCAGUUAUGCGCCAUCAAACUAGUGACUGCAGUGUUCUCGCGGUAUGAAAAACAUAGGCAGUUGAUUCUGGAGGAAAUUUUCACUUCACUUGCAAGACUACCAACCAGCAAAAGAAGUUUGAGAAACUUCAGGUUAAACAGUAGUGAUACUGAUGGAGAGCCUAUGUAUAUUCAGAUGGUAACUGCACUGGUUCUACAGCUUAUUCAGUGUGUUGUGCACUUGCCAUCAGUGGAGAAGGAUUCUAAUUCAGAAGAGGAGUCAAACAAAAAAGUGGAUCAAGAUGUCCUUAUUACUAACUCAUAUGAAACAGCCAUGAGAACAGCACAAAACUUCCUUUCCAUUUUCCUUAAGAAAUGUGGUAGUAAACAAGGAGAAGAGGAUUAUAGGCCGCUGUUUGAGAACUUUGUUCAAGAUCUUCUUUCCACGGUCAACAAGCCAGAAUGGCCUGCUGCUGAGCUGUUACUUAGCCUAUUAGGAAGGUUGUUGGUUCAUCAGUUCAGUAACAAGUCUACAGAGAUGGCUUUGAGAGUGGCAUCACUUGAUUAUCUUGGAACUGUAGCUGCAAGAUUGAGGAAAGAUGCAGUCACUAGCAAAAUGGAUCAAGGAUCCAUAGCUCGAAUCUUAAAACAGGUAUAUAUAAGAUCCAUAUGAUUUGGUGCCUAGAUA